UUCGAGCAGUCGAACAGAAGUGCACGAUGAGAUUUCUGAUUGUAACCGCCGCCGUCUUCGCUUGCGCCGCAGCCGCGCCUUCUGGCGCCCUGCUGGCCACAUCCUACUCCAGUGGUCUUAUCAACCACGCAGCACCAUGGGCUGUAGCUCACGCUGUACCUUUGGCCUACGCCGCUGCCCCCGUGGCAGUAGCUCACGCUGCCCCAGUAGCCGUCCCCACCAUUCCCCCUGGUGAUAUCCAAGGUGCAGCUAUCGACGCCCACGUUGAAGCAGCUGACCACGCUCGUGCCGCUGUCGACACCGUCCAACAGAUCAACGACCAAGCCGCCGAGAUCCACGGCAAAGCCAUCAACGCCGCUGAGGACCACGCCUGGCAAGCGGUGAACGCUGCCCAGACCGCUGCCGCUGCCAUUGACGGUGCCGCUGCCGGCGCCGCCCCCGUCGUCGCCCGCCAGCUCGCCGGACAUGUAGCUCCCGUUGUCGCCGCACCUGUUGCUGCAUACGCCGCUCCUGCCAUCGCCACCGCCACCUACGCCGCUCCCUCAUACAUCGCUGGCGCUUAUACCGCCGGCGCUUACGCCGCUCCCAUCGUCGCUGGUAGCCAGUCCGUGUCGACCCAGUCCCUCUCUCAGACCCACCCCGCCCCCAUUGUCCACGCACCUGUCGCAUACGCCGCCCACGGUUUCGCCCACGGAUGGUAAUUUGGUAGCAAAUAUUAGAUAAUAGAUUAUAUUAAAAUUAUUCCGGCAAAAUGAAGACGAGCGAUUAAAAAAAAUAUACAUACA